AUGGCUAAACGUUUAAAAUCAAAUGCCCGUAAAUCGGCGGUGAAUAAGCUUGUGAAAAAGACCGACAAUCGAAUAAAAGAGGAAAAUCGAGUGAUUCGCGAGAAGAAGGAAGACGAGCAAGCAUUAAAAAUCGUCCACGCGCCAAAAAUUUCGUCGGCGAUGUUCAUGCGAUAUAACACCCAAUUGGGACCACCAUUCCAUGUGCUGAUCGAUACAAACUUUGCGAAUUUUGCUGUCAAGAAUCGAAUCGAUCUUUUUCAAGGUUUUAUGGAUUGUUUGUACGCAAAAACAAUUCCUUAUGUAACCGACUGCGUGAUGGCCGAAUUGGAGAAAGUCCGAAAAUUCAAGAUUGCUCUGAAGGUUCUCAAAGAUCCGAGGGUCAAACGGCUUCAGUGUGAGCACAAGGGCACCUACGCUGAUGAUUGCCUUGUUCAGAGAGUCACACAGCACAAAUGCUAUAUAGUGGCAACGUGUGAUCGUGAUCUAAAAAGAAGAAUCCGCAAAAUCCCAGGAGUCCCAAUAAUGUACAUUGUGAAUCAUCGAUUCUCGAUCGAGCGAAUGCCGGACGCCUAUGGAGCGCCGAUGAAUUGA